AAAGGGGCAAUUACUUUAUUGCCAUUUUUUCAUGGUUCUGCUAUUCUGCACUGAUUCCAACCCAACCUCCCCUCAGUCCCCUUCUAUGGCAAUCCCCUCCCCUCCAACCCCGCUUUCAUCUAUUCAACCAACUCAUAUAUCACUGCGAACUACCGAAAACAUACGCCUUUAUAUACCCAUAGUUGUUCAUAUCUCUGAAGUCCCAAGAAUGGAAAUUUCAAGCUCCAAGUUUAUUGAACAUCCACCACCCCUUUUUCUCUCUCAAAUGGAAGAAAGAUUGGAAGGUUAUAAUAAUGGGAACCCAUUCUUAGAAAGGUUUCCAAUAGCAGCAGCUCAGAGGAGUCAAUUGGCAAAGAAAAGUGUGGAGGCUGCACCUUCAACCCCUGGGAGGCCCAUUUUCAGCUUCAGUGUUGGGAAUUUUUCAAGAAAAUCUGUCCCUUCAAAGUGGGAUGAUGCAGAGAAGUGGGUUGUUAAUGGAAGCUCUUGCCAUGAUUCCCCCUCUACUGCUCACAAUCAUGGAUUCAAGCCCCCAGAGUGGUUAAGAUCCUCUAAGCACUGUAAUGGGGUUAAGCCCCAAGAAGCAGCUAGAGAGCCAGAAGAUGGUGAUGAUGAAAUGCAUUCCUACAUGGCAUCAAAUGGAAAAUCCUCCAAACCAGAUGUGCUUUUUAAGGACAACUUCACCAGAGAAUUAGGAAGUAUGAAAGACAAGCCCAUGAACUGUUGUGCAACAUCAGAGGUUGUUCAUCCUGAGGUUGUUAAUCUGAGAGACAUAGGAACAUCAAUGACGCCUAUAGGCAGUUCGGCUCCAUCGAAAUGCCACACCCCGGUCAUGAUCCUGUCGCCAGCAGGACACAACACACCUGCCGAUCGGUCCGGACCGCUUGGUCCAUCAUCCUCAAGCUCUGCCAGCACAACAGAUAUAAUGAUGCAAUUACAAGAAAGCCAUUUGGCAAAACUACAGCUCGGGAUGACGCAACAUGACUCAACCGUGACAUCGAAUUGGAGCACCAGGGAAGAGGAGGAAGAUGAUGUUUCGAAGAGCUUGAGACACUUCGAGGCGAGCAAUGAAUGCCAGGGAGUUAGCAUACCCAAGCCUAGAGAAGCUUGGGAUGAAGAGGCUUCUAAGUGUUGCCUAAGAUAUCAGAGAGAAGAGGCCCAAAUUCAGGCAUGGGUGAACCUCCAAAUGGCCAAGGCAGAAGCUCAGUCCAAAAAGCUAGAGGUGAAAAUACAAAGGAUGAUAUCCAAAAAGGAAGAGAAGUUGAUGAAGAGGAUAGCAAUAGUUCAAAGAAAGGCAGAAGAAUUGAGGAGUGCAGCACAGCUUCAACAUUCUGAGCAGAUGCAGAAGGUGAGUGAAAGGGCGAAGAAGACGACGGCCAACCGCUUGCGGCCGCCGCAGAACAUUAAUAUGUCGUCAUCUUCCCGGGGUGGCCCAACUUGCUGCAGUUGUUUUCCUUGCAACAGCCAUUAUUACUUGUAGCAGUGUAUAGUUGCAGUCUUACUGCAUGUGUUAGUUGUUCUAUCAUUUCCUAUCCUUUGGUCAAUUUGCAAUCAGUGAUACAUUCUUUCAAUGCUCUCCAAGAAUCUUUGGUAUGGAUGGACCACAGGGGCAAUAAUGGGAGAUUUUGAUCUAGUAACAUUCAUACACUCAUUACCAUUGUCCCGAGUUUGGUUUGUAGCCUUUUUAUAAAAACAUAGAAAUUUUUAAAAAUAUA